AUGCACCUCUCAACCAUCCUCACCAGCCUGGCCAUCGUCGCCCCUGCCAUCAGCGCCCCUAUUAUCCCCAUCUCUAUUGCUGAAGCCAACGCCGUUGCCAUGGCAGGUGCUGCAGCAAUUACUACCCGCGAUACUCCCUCAGCAUCAGUACGCCUUCAAUACUCAAUCCCAACCCCAGAACCAGCUAACAAACAAGGUCCAACUCAACGCCAUCCCAGCAACCCUCCAGCACUACACCGUCCCCUACAACCAAUGCCAGUCGGUGACAGUCUCGUAAGCCCCAACCCUUCCUACCUGGAUGGAAGAGAUACUGAUACAGACAGUGAUGUUUCUGAAUAUACUCUUCACGACGGAAACUGCUGGCUGUAUGAUCAGUCUGGCUGUGGCGGGACUGAGCGUGCUCUUGAGGUUGGAACGCAUAGUUUUGUCCCGUUUCAUAGUGUGAGUAUUUGGUGUACUGCGGUGCAGUGA